UCUUCAUCAUCCCUCACAAUCAUACCAUCUAUUCAAUCGCAUUUCAAACCUUCGACAACAUGCAUUCGCCCUUGGCUGAGAGCAGACUGGCCGGCUUUGACCUGGUCCAAGCCAACUACAAGACCAUCGGCGAUCACGGGAUCCGGGCCGAUUUCCUCAUCCCCCAAUCAAACUACACCGGCAAGCGGCCAAUCAUCAUCCGGUUCCAUGGCGGUGGUUUCAUAACCGGAGAUUCCCUCUUCAUGGAAUGGUUCCCCCAGUAUCUCUUUGACAUCGCGAAAGAGCACAAUGCGGUCAUCGUGUCUCCAAACUACCGUCUCAUGCCCGAAGCCACGAGCCUCGAAUUCUUCGACGACAUUGAGGACUUCUGGGUCUGGCUCCAUUCAUCCACCGUUGCGGAGCUUCUGUCGUCCGGGCCAACUCCAACUGAGCUCGACCUUAGUCGCAUCAUCACCGCGGGUGAGUCCGCCGGAGGUACUCUGAGCAUCUGCCUCGCACUGGCUCAUCCAGAGGAAAUCCGAGCUGGAACAGCAAGCUAUCCCGGCUUGAUCAGGACGGCUCCUGAGAUCUCCCCCGAGCAGACAGAAGCACCCCGUUUGAGCGGACUGUCUCCGGAUGAGGCAAACCGCCUUGUCAAUGAGGCCAUAAAACGCGCAAAUCAGGGAGAAAUCCGAUCAUCUGCCAUGGUGCCUUACCGGCUGGAUUUGAUGCUUGCUGCCAUUGAGACGGGGCGUAAUUUCGAACUAUAUGAGCGCGGAACGGAGAAAGACCCUCGACGGACAUUGCGGCAUCCUAUCGAACGGCUAGAUGAGCCUGACUUGAAGUUUCCCCGUGGUGGACUCUCCAUCCGGCAUGGACUGGAAGACAACAUUGUGCCGCCAGAAAUCAGUCAGAUCUUUGUGGACAAGGCGCGUGCAGUCAUGAAGGGAAAGCCGGGGGGUGACAAGAUUGUUCUGACGCUGCAGCCGGGUGGGCAUGGCUUUGAGAACGAUACUCGGGGUGAUGAGGAAUGGCUGCAGGAGAACCUGCAGUCAGCUAUCGAGGCAUGGUUGGAGUAGAUGCACAUGGAAGAUGGAAUUAGCAUAUAGUAAUAGUCUUGCUUGAAUAGCCCUAAUGAACAAAU